AUGAACGCUGGAACUGCUACUCAACCAACUGGUAUCGAUAACCAACAACAACAGCAACAGCAACAUCCUCAUACACAACAUGAACAGCAAAUACAGCAACAACAUCUAGUUAAUUCCAAAUUACCGCAAAAAUCUUUGGAAUCUAAAGGGAAGUAUACCUUACAAGAUUUCCAAAUUAUGAGGACUUUAGGUACAGGUUCCUUUGGUAGAGUUCAUUUGGUUAGAUCUGUUCAUAAUGGUAGAUAUUAUGCCAUUAAAGUUUUGAAGAAACACCAAAUUGUUCGCAUGAAGCAAAUUGAGCAUACUAAUGAUGAACGACGGAUGUUAAAGUUAGUGGAACAUCCGUUCUUAAUUCGAAUGUGGGGGACUUUCCAAGAUUCAAGAAAUAUCUUUAUGGUUAUGGAUUAUAUCGAAGGUGGUGAGUUGUUCUCAUUAUUAAGAAAAUCUCAAAGAUUUCCUAAUCCUGUAGCUAAAUUUUAUGCGGCUGAAGUUACAUUGGCCUUAGAAUAUCUACAUCACCAUAAUAUCAUAUACAGAGAUCUAAAACCCGAAAAUAUUUUAUUAGACAGAAAUGGACAUAUCAAGAUAACAGACUUUGGAUUCGCCAAAGAAGUGGAGACUGUUACAUGGACUUUAUGUGGGACUCCCGAUUAUAUCGCACCAGAAGUCAUUGCGACGAAACCUUAUAACAAAUCUGUUGAUUGGUGGUCGUUAGGGAUUUUGAUUUUUGAAAUGUUAGCUGGUUAUACACCAUUUUAUGAUUCUACUCCAAUGAAAACUUAUGAAAAGAUUCUACAAGGUAAAGUUAUAUUCCCAACUUUCUUCCACCCUGAUGUUGUUGAUUUAUUAGGUCAAUUAAUUACAGCAGACCUUACAAGAAGAAUUGGUAAUUUACAAAGUGGUUCUAAGGAUAUUAAAUGUCACCCAUGGUUUAGCGAGGUUGUCUGGGAAAAGCUUCUAGCUAAAGAUAUCGAGACUCCUUACGAGCCGCCCAUCACUUCAGGCGUCGGUGAUACUUCAUUGUUUGAUCAAUAUCCAGAAGAACAUUUUGAUUAUGGUAUCCAAGGAGAUGAUCCUUAUGCAGAAUAUUUUAAUGAUUUUUAG